ACACGAGCUUACCGCCUCUCUGUCUCUUUAACGGAAACACGAAGCAGCUCGUGAGCCAAAACUUUUCAGUGACCUGCUGACAGAUUCCAGCUCAAACAUCGGUAAAACCUUUAGCCUGUCAUCAUGGCAACCAGUACCAAAUGGGGGGCGGUAAAGGACCAGUUGACCAGAGGCCCCGCCACAGUCACUGACGGCAAGGUGGAGGCCAAUCUGGAGAACGCUGACCCCGAGCUCUGCAUCCGACUGCUGCAGGUUCCCACAGUGGUGAACUACUCGGGUCUGCAGCGGCGGCUGGAGGUGAGUAAUCAGUCAUGGAUGGUGCAGUUCCUUGAACUACAGGGUUUGGACCUCCUGCUGGAGGCGCUGGAGGCUCUGUCGGGCCGCGGCUGCGCCCACAUCGCCGAUGCUCUGCUGCAGCUCACCUGCGUCAGCUGUGUCCGGACCAUCAUGAACUCGUCCGCAGGGCUGCAUUUCAUCCUGGACAACGAGGGCUACAUCAGGAUGCUGGCUCAAGCUCUCGACACGUCCAAUGUCAUGGUGAAGAUGCAGCUGUUCCAGCUGCUGGCUGCUCUUGCCGUCUUCGACCCUCGGGGACACCACCUCGUCUUCGAUGCACUCGACAACUACAAGAGCCUGAAGAAGCAGCAGUAUCGCUUCAGCGUGAUCAUGAAUGAGCUUCACGCCACCGACAACAUCCUCUACAUGGUGACGCUGCUAAGUAUGGUCAACGUCCUCGUGCUGCAGGAGGAGGAGCUGAGGAGAAGGCACCGGGUGCGGCAGGAGUUCAUCGGUCUGCAGCUGCUGAACCUGCUCCCCAGGCUCAGGGAGACGCAGGACAAGGACCUGAACAUCCAGUGUGACGUGUUUGAAGACUCUCUGUCGGAGGACAUGGAGGAGAUGGAGAGGCUGUACGGAGGGAUUGAUAUGAGCAGCCACCAGCAGGUCUUCACAAUGCUCUACACCAUGGUAACCACAGUUUAA